UUCAGUGCUAGUCACGAGUUACGAGUAUCUUUCAGGCUCUUCUCAGUGAUUGAGUAUACUAAGUAGUUACAUCAUAUACUGGUACUUUGAGAUGUAUACUGUUGCUAAGGGACCAACACAAAUCCUUCAGAAGUCCAGAAGAUCAGGUUUGAAACAACAUGCAGAGAGCUUAGACGGACAGAAAAGCCGUUCUGUUUCUCCCCAACUGGAAUUAGUAAACGAAACACAUCAAUUACCGCGUCUUGUGUUCCAAAAUGUAAAUGAGAAAAGAGGAAAUAGAAGAGUAGGAAGGGGUGAAAAAAGAAAGGAGGAAUAUAUCAGGGGAGGACGUCAUAUUUCUCAUUUGAAGCCGACCAAGGAACACAGGCAGUUAGUCACCUUCCUAUCUACUAGCUGGUCACAGAUCAGGACAGAGUUAGAGUCAGAUUGCGGAGUAGUAGUUUACAGUCAAUCAAAGACAUCAGAUGUUCUAGAUUUUACACCUUUGGAUCUGGACUCCUGGAUGGAAAAGAAAAUAUAUGAAAAGUUAAUGCUUGAUCUGUAAAACUGGAAAACCCUAGUUUUUGAGUUUAAUUUAUCAAACAUUCUAGGCUUUACGUUCUCUUUUAUAAUAUUUCACCUUUUUUUCUACGUAAACUAUUAUAAUUGAAGAUUUUGCCUAGUUUUAUGUUUUCAUUUGUAUUGUGGCUGUAAUUUAAAAUUUAAAAAAGUCAAAAUAUGACAGAAGUUUAAAAGAUUUAUUCUGACCGACUAAAAACUUUCCUGAAACUAUUUGAAAUAAAGAUAUAGUAAAAAAUAACCGUUGAAACCCCAAUUUUUUAUUUUCUUCAAAGCUGCUCAAUCAAUAAUCUAAGAUAUCUUAAAGUUCAGUAUAAUAAAAGUUUGUGAUGUAAAAUUCUAAGAAUUAGCUUGUUAUAUACACAAAAAUAAAGAG